AUGGAAAAUAAACAGUCUCCAUCCAAGAAGAAGUUAUUGUCCAUCCAAGAAGAGAAAUUGAUACGUGAGGUUGAUUACAACAGUCUCGCAGGAGGCUCAGUCCGCCCGCCUAAGAAACAACUUCUUCUAGAGAUUCUUCAAAAGAGUCCAACACAGCAAGGGUCACAAAGAGUACUCGUAUCCAUAAAACCGAGAGCGCCCGCCAUCAAAACUAUAUACAUUGCCGAGAAGAGCCGCUUCCUUGCUAAACAGGGUGAAGAUACAUCGGGGUCACGUCUAGGUAUCGGAGAUCAUUCUUAUUUUACAUCCCAACGGUCUUAUACCAAAAGUAAAAUAGAAGCAGAUAAAGUCUCGUCGGUCACUAUUCAGGUAGAAAGCUCGGCAUUCGUUUCGAAAUGUUCUCAAACUAACAGCAUACCCAAGAAGGUUAAUGUGUAUAAUGCAAAACAAAGGUCUGCAGAAAAAUGCUACAUAUACACACAGCCACAGUUUAAUAUGAACAUUCCUAAAACUGAUGUCAAAACUAACAAAAAGAAGUUAAAUUCAAAAAAGGUUGAUAUUGCCACAUUAAUCUCGAACACAUCGUCUGAAGAUUCUGUAUCGCGUUCUACUAUCGCACUAAAUCACUUGUAUGAACGAAUAGACCAUUUGGAGCGUAAAAUUUUGAGACAAGAAUUGGUUUUUCGUUCUAUCAAUCCUAAUAUGCCUCUGUCUUCAUCAGAUGAAGAGCCUAAAGGUAAUAUAAUGAAGACUACAUCUGUGACCGGGAGACCAGGAUGUAGCUAUAUACAGCAGUAUAGCCAUGUUCCUGAGACGUCCGCGUUCCAACGUUACGCGCAGCAAGCGGCGCCACUGUCUCCGAGUAAGGCUACCACAAUUGAGAAAGAGCAUAACUCUGAGCAAUACGGGCGUGACUUCACUGCAUAUGAUGGUAUUACCGCCCGGGGCCGGCGGCAGUGUGCCUCUGUGCCAUGCAAACGAGACGAUAUCCCAAAGAUGGCAGCCGAGAGAGUUCAUAAAAUUCGACAUAAACUCAAUCCGGUGCGGGAUUAUCGGCUGAUGGAUACAGUUCACUAUUUAGCGCAAGGUGAAUUUGCUCCCCGUGAUGAUGGCAUUAAACUGACAACGUCCCGAGAGGCUGUUCUUAGCGAUAUUAUUUGGGAAGAUGUGUGUCGCACACAUUGGCCUAAUGCUAGACUGGGGCGGCGAGCGGCUCACUCUGAGAGAUGCAGCACACGAUGUGAGCUACAGCGACUCAUUGACAGCUUGUUGAGAGAGCGCGUUGCACACGUAGAGCGCAGGCGGCGACGUCACUAUAGGAUAGUCAAGUUAAAUCAUCGACAUGAAAGCUGUCGACCGGUCGGUAAGACUGGAGAUAUCAUUGUGGCCAGUCACAAAAACAGGCAAGGCGAUGAGGUAGCAAUGAGUGAUCACAAUGCUGCGAGCGCGAUGAUCGCCGAUAGACGAUGGGAUGAGCCCGGUUUGCGCAGAAUUCCAAGAAGUCAUGACCGUUUGAGAAUGGAGACGCGACAUAAUCGUCAUAAUUUAGACCGCAGGCGCGAAUACGAGGAUUGUUCUCCGGGUCCAAGUUACGCGGUUGACAGGUCUCCUACGGGGAGAGAACCAACUUGUUGCUAUCAGGCAUCCAGCCCGAUGAAGCCGGAUAGACGUUCUGCAACUCACAAGAAGCGACGCACUGGGAGUCGUGAAUUAACCAGCGGCAGUAGUUCGACGUCCAGGCCAAGGAACCCGCGGUUGGUCGUCAAAAAAGUGGCAUCACAUCGGAAGCACAAUAGAGAUGAACCCAAUCUGGAACAUUACAUCCUACUGCCCACGCUAGUUGUACGCACUCCGUCUAAUAUGAAGCGUGAGAAGAAAUUUAAUGAAUUAUAUCAUCGCAUACUAAACGUGCAAAUAAAAAAUGUUCAAAAUAAUAAUGCCCCUAAUAACACACAACCAAGUACUUCAUCUUCGCAAAGUCCUAACAAGAAGGACGUUGGACUGAAUAUAAACAUAACUUUGUCCAACAGCAAGUCUCACAUCAAGGAAUAG